AUGAAAGCUGAUAAGGGAAACUGCUUUGUCGUCAUGGACAGAUCAGACUACGACAACAAAAUGGAGACUUUGCUCAAUGACAGAUCCACCUAUGAGCUAGUUUCCACAUCACCUUUCCGCCGGAUUGAACGCGAAUUGAAUGCCAUGUUACUCUCCUUAAAGAGACAAAAAAAGAUUGAUGACCCAACCUAUCGUAAACUUCACUCAACCGACGGCACACCACCAGCGAUCCGCGGCUCAGUUAAACACCACAAAGAAGGGAACCCACUGAGACCCAUUGUCACCUGUAUUGGCUCAGCCCUCUACAACACGUCCAAGUUUCUAACGGAUAUUCUAUCUCCAAUUCAAAAUCGUAACGGAUACUCUGUUGCCAAUUCCUUGCAGUUUUCCAAAGAAAUAUCUGACAUCAAGAUCGACGAGAACGAAGUCUUGGUUUCCUUCGAUGUUGUAUCACUGUUCACUGCGAUCCCUGUUGACAAAGCAUGUGAUUACAUCAAGAUCAAACUGGAACAGGAUGCCUCUCUUCCAUCCAGAACAAAUUUGGACAUCAAUGACAUAAUAUCACUCCUCCAAUUUACCCUGUCCAACAACUAUUUUAUGUUUAAUGACAGAGUCUAUAAACAAGUACACGGAUGCGCUAUGGGCAGUCCAGUUAGCCCUGUAGUGGCCAAUCUCUGUAUGGAAGAAAUCGAGGAAAGUGCGAUUAACAGUUCAUCCGUCCCUCCUAAAAUCUGGAAACGUUAUGUCGAUGAUAGCUUCUGCAUCAUCAAAAAAGACAAUGUGCCAGCUUUCCAUGACACAUUAAAUUCAAUUGACGCCAACAUCUCUUUCACCAUCGAAAUUGAAAGUGACAAUAAGAUCUCCUUUCUCGACACUUUGGUCACCCGUAGAAAUGGCACCAUCGCUGUCGAUGUUUACAGAAAGCCUACGCACACGGACAGAUAUCUAGACUACAAUUCUCACCAUGAUAAUAAACACAAGGCCAGCACAGCAGCAACUCUUCUACACAGAGCCCUAAAGCUACCCAACCCCUCCGAAGGAAAAGAACGAGAACUUAACCGAGUUUAUUCAGCACUUGAAUCUAAUGGUUACCCAUCGAAUUUCAUUAAAAACAUCCAGGCCAAAAAAACCCGACGCUCAACAGUGUUGUCCCCGGAGGAACUUGUUGGCACAUUUUUCAAGAUGGUCGAGGCGUCCGAAUCACGCAAGUCGUUCGCCUCUCUUCCAUAA